AUGUCCGAAGACACCACCGACCCAGCUCUGGUCCCUGACCCAGCUCACGACAUUUCGUUGACACCAAGCGGCUCCAAGGAACGCCAUUCGUUGACGCUUGACCAGCGUCGUGCGCUGCGAAGAUGGGCCAGCAGUCAGACCAUGCGCCCGUCCCACAGGGCGUGCAUCGACUGGUUCUUUGACCAAUAUGGGCAGAUGAUCAGCCAGUCCACCGUCUCCCAUUCUCUGUCGCCCAAGUACUCCAGGCUAGAUGGAGAGCACCCGCAGCUGUCCGGGUCGCGGUUGCGGUUUGGCAACUGGCCCGACGUGGAAAAGCUUGUGCUACUAUGGUACCAGCAGGUACAGGCCUCUGGGCGCCAACCAACAAACGACGAGCUCGGCGAAAAGGCAAAGUCCAUCUUUAGCCAGCUACCCCGCUACCGCGAAGAACCGGCACCCGAGUUUUCACCUGGCUGGAUCCACAGGUUCAAGAAGAGAUACGGACUCCUCAUACGCCGCCAGCGACGGCACGCCGAUGCGAGCAUGAGCCCCGCCGACGACAUUGAAUAUUUGUCCGACUGCGUGCCGCGAUUCAUGGCCAUCGCCCACGACACGAGCCCUGCCGCGAUCCGCGAACAAGUCCUCCGCGUGGUGGGCGUAGAAGCGUCCCUCAACACCUGCGCGCUCGUUCGCGACGAGAUUAUGCGCCGCAUAGCGGCUGAGCAACCCCCGCCAGAGAUGCACAUGCCGCAACCCGAGGACGAGCUACCUCCUCCACAGCCAGAGCAACAACACAUGUAUGCAGACGACGACCCCGAGGUCGUGCUGCAAAAUGCGCUCCGUCAGCUGCAAGAGGAAGAGCAGGCCGCGGAGGAGCAAGCUGCCGCCGUUCGGGAAGAACGCGAACGAGCCGAGCACGCAAGUCUGCAGGCAGCCCAUAUGGUUACGGAUAGACCUCAGGACCACAGAUACGAGACACCGUCACAGGAGAUCCCCCCAGAGCUGACAUUAACGCCAAUCCACUCCAAUCAGCCAAUGGAGUCUCACGAAGGGCCUCUACGCUGUCCAUUCUGUAUCAACCAGCGUAUGCUGAGAACCAUCAAGGAGGCUGUUGAGCACAUGUCAACACAUGUUGUGGUAUAA